CACCUGGCCAGGUAGGUCACAGACAACUCCUCCGUCUCGCUGACUAAAGCCAUGUGACGUUGUUGUCUUUAAACACAGCUUUGAGGAAACCUUGCAAAGUUCCUCUCGGUCCAGGAAAUAGCCAGAUUUCUGAAGCGGCCCGGCCGACUGUUGAUGAUCCUCGGCCAUGGAUAAAUUAAAGUCGGUUUUAAGCGGAGAGGAGGCGCGCAAAGAUGACAAAAACAUCUUACAGUCUGUGAAUGAAGCCUCGACUUUAGGCUGGACCACGCGUUUGAAGGGGUUCGUCGCCUGUUUCGUGGUGGGAGCCGUAUGCACAUUGUUGGGAGUGUGUGUGCUCUUCAUCCCCAAGAUUGGCCUCACUCUCUUCAUUGUGUUUUACACGUUUGGAAACGUGUGUGCUCUGUGCAGCACUAUGUUUCUGAUGGGCCCAGUGAAGCAGCUGAAAAGGAUGUGUGACAAAACAAGAGCGUUGGCCACCACAAUUAUGAUCACUUGCCUGGUGUUGACACUCUGCGCAGCUUUCUGGUGGAAGAACUUUGGACUUGCCUUGUUGUUUUGCAUUUUGCAAGUCUUGUCGUUUACCUGGUACAGCCUGUCCUACAUCCCGUUUGUGAGGGAAGCAAUCCUGAAGAUGGUGUCUAUCUGCAUAAAAUGAGCCCCGUGUUUACGGUGAAGGUUUUAAGGGAAGGAACAGGUUUCUUAUUGAAGGUGCUGAAGGAGUCUUCUUAUAAGAGCCUGACUCUUCCUGCUGCACAUCUCUCCUCUGUUCAUAGAAAAAGACGUGUUUUAAUCAUAUUUCUUGUUUUUGUGCUUCAUCUUUUAACCGUCGUCUAUUGAUGACUCUUAUUUAUGUUGAUUGUGAGGUUUGUAAAAUGUGUAAAUAUCUGCAAUAAAUGAAUAUUUCUAAUCUUUUGUAAAUUAACACAGGGCAGGCGUCUUUCCAUCAACGGGUUAAUAAAUGUAAAUGCUCCAGCAUGCCUACAAGAAUAUAUAUUCAUUCCGAUUUGCUGCAAAGAUAAUAAAUGUUGUUUCUGGAG